AUGGCUGCCUAUCUCACACAGCGCAUCUCACACCCUCACAUUGCACAUCCUCACCAUGGCAUCACCGUUUCUCGCGCCGGCACUCCAGCUCCUGAGAAGAGGGCGAAAUGCUCCGUACCGAUCCCUAAUGUUGCUGCCAAAGGCGUAUCUUUCUUCACGCCCGAGCAAGAUCCCGCUCCAGGCAGUGCUUCUCAAAUUCAAGCGUCUGGAAAACCAGUGCCCAAGCUUUUUUCUCCUCUCAAGAUUCGCGAUAUUCAAAUGCCGAAUCGCAUUUGGGUGAGCCCCAUGUGCCAGUACAGCGCGCAUGAGGGGUUUCAAACACCGUGGCACAUCACUCACUAUGGAGGAAUGGCUCAGCGCGGUCCCGGUCUUAUAAUGAUUGAAGCUACUGCCGUGCAAGCCAAUGGCCGUAUCACUCCAGAAGACUCGGGUUUAUGGCUUGACGCCCACAUCGAUACUCUAAAGAAGCAUGUCGAUUUUGCGCACAGUCAGAAUGGCCUCAUUGGCAUACAACUUGGUCAUGCAGGUCGUAAAGCCUCCACAGUUGCGCCUUGGCUCAGCUCCGGCGCAACGGCUACUGAAGAAGUCGGUGGCUGGCCGGCAGACGUUGUAGGACCCAGCAAUGAGGCCUUCAGCGAACAUUAUCCAAAGCCGCGCUCUAUGAGUCUUGCAGAAAUUGAGCAGUUCAAGCACGACUUUCUCUCUGCUGUUCGCCGUGCCCUUCGCGCUGGUUUUGACGUUAUUGAGCUGCAUUUUGCGCAUGGGUAUCUCGUUUCAAGUUUUCUAUCGCCGGCUGUGAACAAACGAAUAGAUCAAUAUGGCGGGAGUUUUGAGAAUCGUGCUCGCCUAGCGCUCGAACUGGUGGAGGCGACGCGACAAGUUAUCCCCAAGGGAAUGCCUUUAUUUGUGCGUAUUAGCGCAACCGACUGGCUGGACACAAACCUAGACUGGAGAGGAGGGCCAAGUUGGAAUGUCGACGAGAGCAUCAAGCUGGCCAAGCUCUUUGCCCAACGUGGCGUUGACGUUCUAGAUGUAUCAAGCGGGGGCAAUCACUCCCAGCAAAAGGUUGUCGGUGGGCCAGGAUACCAGGCUCCGUUUGCAAAGAAGAUCAAAGCCGCAGUAGGAGACACGAUGCUUGUCAGCUCGGUGGGAAGCAUCAAGACAGGAGAGUUGGCACAGAAACUAAUUAAAGGAAGUGAGGAUAUCGAGGAUACGCCACUGGACCUGAUUGCUGCGGGCCGCAUGUUCCAAAAGAAUCCUGGGCUGGUGUGGGCGUGGGCAGAUGACUUGGAAGUGUCUAUCACUCUUGCGCAUCAAAUUGGAUGGGGAUUUGGAGGAAGAGCGCCGAAGAAGAUCACCAAGUAG